ACAACAGUCGCCUGUUUAUAUGAAGUUGCGCAAGAUGUACGGUCUGUGUGUUUGCUGUCUGGUUUGAGUUCUUUAGACAAAACACAAAAGUAAAACAUUGUCAAGCUAGUGACUGAAAUCUAAAUGGAGGUAAUGGACAGCCCUCUCAAUCGUGCUCAUCUUUAUGGUCGAAAGGCAGAUCGGUUUGUAACUAAAGGAAAAUAUGAUGAGGCAAUUUUGUGUCACUGUGAGGCGGCAGAGCUCUUGAAAGAGGCCUUAUCAAUGACAAAGAGUAAACAGGUAAGGCUGUCUUUAGUGCUUCAGAGAGACAGACAUCUACAACAGCACCGACUUAUCCUGGUGAGUAGCAGACAAGCUAAACUCAAAGGAAGGACCAUGGUCAGCUCACCUGUGUCAGUGGCCCUCAAUUUGGACUUGACCAUAAUGUCUAGUCAACAUGAACCUCCGCUUGGCUGGAAGACAGCAAAAGAUGAUAAAGCUCGACUGGAGGAGCAGAGCACCUCCAUCGCUGACUUGUGGAAGCUUGUGGCUGUCCUGCUAAAGGAGAACGAGCAAUUAUUGGAGGAACAUGAGAAACUGUGGGUGGAGAACGCUCGACUGAAGAGAGACCUUUAUGAGGAGCAUCAGAGUCCCUUACCUUCUCUACCUGAGCCUGCGCAGAUGCUUUCACCGCUGGGUGUGAACCUUCAGGAUAGGAUCAGAUUGUUGUGGGAACGAGCAAACGGGAGCUACAUGUAGUCCUGCAUACUUGAUGAAUGAAAGGUUCCACUAAAAGUAUUAUGUAGCAUUGACGUUAGCAUCAUGUACUAUAGUUUUUAAAGGUGCAGUGUGUAAAUUUAAGCUGCAUCUAGUGGUGAGGUUGUGAAUUGCAACCAACGGCUCAGUCCACUGCUCGCCCCUCGCUUUUGAAACGUAUAGAGAGAAACCGGAGAAACAUGUCACCGGAGAAACAUGUCAUCGUCGGAGACAACUUAGUAAAAAAAGUUUGUCCGUUAAGGGCUUCUGUAGAAACAUGGCAGCACAAAAAGGCUACUUCCACAUAAGGGGACCCUCAGUGUAUGUAAGUUAAUAAAAACAUAACGGUUCAUUAUGAAA